AGGGAAAAUAAAAGAAGGUGAUAGAGAGAAUAACCCAAUUCGAAGAGGCGGCAGCGCCAUUCUUGAGAGCCCAACGGACGCGGCAAAAUGGCUUCGUCUCUUUGCUUCCAGUUACACACUUGCUCCCAGCUCCGUUGCAUUGCUGCUGCGAAGGCGGCAGCGGUAGCGGCGCCGUCGAGCGUCGCAACAGCGAACCGAACCUUAUCUCUGUUACUAAAACGACCAUUUCUUCAAUCCUUCUGUUUACCAUCGGGAUCUUCCGCCGAGCUUUGCGAGCGGCAACAACUCCGGAGUCCGGAACUCGUGGCGUUGGAAUAUGCGGACCUUAAUCUCUCUCACAAGAUCUUCGAGGAUUCAGGUCACGUCAGAAUCAGGCAGCAUGUUAAUCCACUUAGCUCUUCUUUCUCUGUCCCUACACCAGCCCCUAACUGGGAUGAAGUCUUCAAGGACCCCACGUUGCCCCUCAUGGUCGAUAUAGGAAGUGGUAGUGGCAGAUUUCUCUUGUGGCUUGCAAAAAAACAUCUUGAUUCAAGAAAUUUCUUGGGUCUCGAAAUACGACAGAAAUUGGUCAAGCGUGCCGAUGUCUGGGUCAAAGAGUUGGGAUUUAACAAUGUACAUUUCAUGUUUGCAAAUGCUACAAUUUCUUUUAAACAGAUCAUAUCUUCAUAUCCUGGACCCCUGAUGCUGGUUUCCAUAUUGUGCCCAGAUCCCCAUUUCAAGAAACGACAUCAUAAGCGACGGGUUUUGCAGAAGCCAUUAGUAGAUUCUAUAAUAGACAGUUUAAUGCCAGGAGGGCAGGUGUUCAUACAAUCCGACGUGCUCGAAGUGGCAGUGGACAUGAGACUUUGGUUCGACUCUGUUCCCGAUGUUUUGAAACACGUCGACGUGCUCGACCAGAGUCUUUUGUGUGAUAAAGAUGGAUGGUUAUUGAAGAAUCCAAUGGGAAUAAGGACUGAAAGAGAAAUUCACGCUGAAUCCGAAGGUGCAAACAUUUAUAGAAGAAUGUAUCAGAAGUAUGUUUGCAUUUGAGUCAUCAUUCACUGUUUUUUUUUUUCUUUUCUAGAAAUAUAUUUAUUGCAUAUUUAUAUAUUUUUUUUUAAA